AUGGAUUGUAAAACGACUGUCAGUGGUUUAUUAUUAAAAACAAAGCACUUCUGGUUCUGGUUUGAAUUGCGAUAUUGUAGGUAUGAACAAGUGGAGCCGUUGUACAAGAUGUGGUGUGACUACUUUCGUGGUUUGAUUGGAGAUCGAGAACAGGUUCUAGACGAAAGAUUAUUGAAAGCGGACUACCAUGGUGCUUUAGUGCUUGUUGCUGAAGCACACAGUAUUAGUAUGAUUGGAAUCGUUGGCAUAAUAGUGCUUGAGACUCGACAGACAUUUCAACUGAUUACUAAACAGGACAAAUAUGUAGUGAUUCCUAAACGAGGUACCGCAUUACAAUUCGUACUUUACGGACGAAUUUUUACGUUGUUCGGUGAUGCAAUGAGGUAUAAGCCAUCCCUACGAGGCAAAAAGCAUCGCCUACGUGUUGCACUUCCAUUCUUUAUCAGAUGA